GUCUCAAUGAUUGUAGUCCCUUUCAAGACGCGGCGACACGACAUACUUGAAAUCACGUUAUCUUUGUCAGGACAUUGGCAGCUGCUAAACUGGACGAAUCGAUGAAAGCACUGAAGCUGACUUCCCGUUGGAUCGAGAAAGCGACUCGCGUUUAUACACUUUGGAAACUAAGAAACGAUCAGAAGACACCGACAAAUAGAGUGCGUUCAAGAAUAAAUCGCUGAAUAAUUCGCAAGACAGUAUUUUGAGAGUGAAGCACCUGUGUCUCAACUGAAAUGAGCCCAGUGACGGGCCACCUUUAGGACACGCAAAAAGAGGAAUAAAGUCCGACUGACACUGGGCAUUCCGAGAGACCUGCUGCGGCAAUGUUGCCUCCCGGACUACCGGCCCCAGCCGCUGCUGCGGUGGGCAGGUAAAUAGCGCCGAGUCGCGAUAAUCAAGAUGAUGGCACCGCUCGGGCAAGGUCUGCCUCAACUUGUCGUGUUGUCUCUUUGCUGCUGGCUGCUCGUCCAGAGUUGUGGACCCGGUCCCGGCGGUGGUCGUCGCUCUCGACCAAGGAAACUAAUCCCCGUCCCUCUUAAGCAAUCGGUACCCAACUUUUCGGAGAACAACCUGGGCGCCAGCGGAAGACCUGAUGGAAAGAUAACCAGGCAUUCUGAGCGAUUCAAGGAGCUCAUUCCCAACUAUAACCCGGACAUCAUUUUCAAAGAUGAGGAGAACACCUCGGCCGAUCGUCUUAUGACUCAGCGCUGUAAAGACUGCCUGAAUUCACUCGCCAUAGCAGUCAUGAACCAGUGGCCUAGAGUGAAGUUGCGGGUGACAGAAGGUUGGGACGAAGAUGGACAUCAUGCACCAGAUUCAUUGCACUAUGAGGGACGGGCUGUUGACAUCACUACAUCUGAUCGUGACCCAAGUAAAUAUGGGACCCUGGCGCAACUGGCAGUAGAGGCAGGAUUCGACUGGGUCUACUAUGAAUCAAAAUCACAUGUCCACUGUUCCGUCAAGUCAGAUCAUGCUGUUACUGUGAGAAAGGGUGGCUGUUUCCCUGGCACAGCUCAGAUUUCCUUGUCUGAUGGUCGACAGGUUAGUCUUUCAUCUCUACAACCAGGAGACCGAGUGCUGUCAGUGGACAACUCAGGAAAGGUUGUGCCUAGCCGGGUUUUGCUGUUUUUGGACUGGGACACCAGCAGAAAGGCCCAAUAUGUUGUACUUGAAACCAAGAAGGCUAAAAUUAGACUGACACCUUCACACCUCAUUUUUAUGUCUCCCAACUGGACUACAGAUACCAGUCUGUAUCAGGCUUCAUUUGCAAGCCAGGUCCAGGCAGGUCACUUUGUGCUCACUAUACAAGAAGGAAAGCUUCAGCCUAUCCAGGUGACAACUGUUGCAAUGGACCAUGUGGUAGGGGUGUAUGCCCCACUCACAGAGCAUGGCACCUUACUAGUGGAUGGUAUGUGGGUGUCCUGCUAUGCCUUAAUUGAAGACCAUUCACUAGCUCACUGGGCUUUUGGACCCAUUCGUUUCUUUUACCAUCACUACUACAGGUUUGUGUCUAGUAUGUAUCAUUCAGGGAAUCAUACUAUGGGGAGAAUUGAGGCAAACUGGGAUCAGGGUAGACAUGAUGGGAUACAUUGGUAUGCCAAGAUUCUCUAUAGUCUUGGACAUCUGAUUUUGGACCCAGAUAGAUUUCACCCUUAAUAGAGAGUAGUGUGAGCCUGCAUUUGGAUAACACAAAGUGACUGCACUAGAAGACACCUUUCAUACCAAUUAAAGGACAAACUAAGAUCAUUAAAAUGUGCCAUAGUACUAUCUUAAGGAUGUUAACAUUUGUUUCUGGCCUAAGAAAUACUGCAUCCUAUCUGCAUGAGGUGAAGAGAAAGGAAGCAGAAGCAGAUUUAAGAUUGCAGAGUAAUGGUGAACACUGUUCAAGAUGCUGGAAGAGAUGUCUUAGGAAUCAUAAAAUUCUGUGAACAUUCAUUUGGCCUCCAACCCUUCUGGUGCUCAUUACUCACUCAUUCUGAUUUGCACUUAACAGAAGCACUGGGAGUGGGAGGUUUGGGGCCUUGUUGAUUAACUGAGCAUUCAGCAACAUCCAAUAAAGAGUCAGUUCACCAUGUGGUAGAUCCUUGCCAAACAUCAUCACAUCUUCCCAGCAGGGUAGAAUGUGUGGAUUGUCUCAAAAUGGGAAACAUUACUGUUUCCUUUAGAGUAUGCACUGUAAACAUAGCCUUCAGUAGAAAGAAGGUCAGUCACUCAGAAAAACAUUGCAUUGAUGUAAUAGAGAAUUUAAGACAGAGCUUUAUUGAUUAAUUUUAUCAGAAUGUAAAUAUUUACAGGAAGAAAGUUGAGUAUAAAACAUGGAAAAAUUGUCAAACAGAGCCUGGCUGUCAUCUACUGUGGUUUAGAUUUCAAUGUUAAUAUUGUGUACACAGCUGACCAAUAAUAUAUAUAAAAAAAAUUUUGGGUUGAGAUGUGAUCAUCUUGGGGAGAUACUUUGAAGUCCGCGAGACUUCUCGCAGGUCACGCCCUACUUACAAACAAUUUCUCGGAGACACUUUAACAUCCCACGAGACAAGGAUGUGAGACAAAAGGACAGCUGCUGUACGGGCGUUCAAGAGUAUUACAUACUCUUUAUAGGAAAUAUGUAAAGAUAAUAAUAAUGAAUUAUUGAUGAACUUUGUGCUUGUAAAAUGUAAGUGAGAUACGGUGUGUUCUUUUAACUUAACACAGUCUUCCUUUCAGGAUGGUGCAUUACCACCUCAAACCAGCUGCAUAUAAACUACAAAAAUGAAAUGCUCAUCCAAUCAAGUUAAAAGAACAUUCUUCCAGCUUAAGUGUCUACUAGUUAUUUUUUACUGUGAGGGCUAUGAUAUCAAUAGUUACAUACGCAACCACAAGUUUAGCUUGUAUACAUUAAAAUAAGUGCAUUGGUUAAUGCUGCUGCCUGACAGUUUCAAGUUUCUAUAGACAUCUUACAUUGUCCUUGCGUCUUUGUGGGUUUUUCCCUGGGCACUCGUUUUCUUCACACAUCCUAAAGCUGUGUAUGUUAAGUUACUAGAUAACUUUAAAUUGACUUGAUAUAAGUAAGCAUGGUCUUCAAUACACUGGCAUCCAGGAUUGUUUUUUGAUUUGUAUGUAUAGGUCUUUAAAGCAGAACUCAAGGAUAUUGUGCUAUAGUGUGGCAAGAUAUUCUGGUAUGGCAAAAACAUGCAGUCUCAACACAGAUACAUGACUGUAAAUUAUCCCGCUGUAUCCCAGUGGGUUGGCUGGUUCUAGCCUUAUGUAAAUGCUGUCUGGCACCCAUUUGUUUCAGAACCUCGAUGGAUGGAUAAAAAAAAUUAAAUCAUGCUGCUUGUGUAUAAUUAAGCAAACUAAGCAUCAUUCUUGAUGGAGUUAAUUUGAUUUCAGUUCCCCUCUGGUUUCCUGUUAAUCUAGCACUUGUUCACUUAAAUCCAGACACUUCAAUUCACAUUGCCAGAUCUGGUCUGACUAACCAGCAGGCAGCCAUCUCAAGUGCGGUUUUGAGCUCAUCCGUGAAACUAUUGUUUCUGUAUCUAUCCAUUUAAGCUACCCUUUUAUGGAACGCAGUUUAUCCAAAGAGGACACAUCCAAACAGCAUUGUGCAUAAGGUAAGAACUAUAUCUGGGUGGACUAGUGCUAGUUCAUUAUAAAACAAGAAAGGGGCUAAUUGGACUCAUUUAGAGUCAACCAACUAAAAUGCAUGCUUUUGCACUUGAUAGAAAAACUGGAUUGUUCUGUGGGAAUCCAUGGAAACAAAGAAAGAGCAUGUAAAGUGGAGAGAGAAGGUGCCUAGCCAUGAGGCAGCAACUCUGAUAACAGCACCUUCAUAUCACCUUGCUUCUGCAUGCUCUAAACCAAAGUGUUUUCUGUAAUUUGUAAUGAUUUGUUUGUACCAAAACUUGUUUUUAUACAUCAUUUGAGAUGUUCUGUAAAUAGUCAAAAUCCAAUCAAGAAAAGUAAAGGUAUAAAAAAAAUGUGUAUAUAAUAAUACAACAGUAAUCAUAUAAUUAUGUUUUUAGUUAUUAGUAUGUUAUGUACUAGUAAGUGUUACUUUACAGACUUGUUUUUUAAUUUAUUUAAUUAUUUAUUUAAUAUAUCUCUCAUACAAACACAUUGGAAAUUGGGCAUAGUGUUACAAAAUAUUCUUUUAACAGUGAAAAAAGUGUUAUUUUGAUUUGCUAUUAUUUUUCUUGAAAAUAGGUUUAAUGAGCCUGUAAAAGUCCAUGAACCCCUCUCCCAAUUCUCUCUCUCUCUUUAAAUAUAUAUAUCAUUUCAAUUGCCAAACAACUCAUUAGUCAUUAAUGUCAAAUAAAAGCAAAAUCCUGAUAUGCAAAAGAGUGUGUCCUAUAACAAAACUCAGAAAAUGUGCCAAUUGACAAAUCUAUUCUACCUAUACAAGAUUUGCAACUUGAGGCCUCAUGUAUAAACAGUGUGCACGCAUUAAAAAUCUCACUUUGAGAUGUAUAAAAACUAACCUUGGCUUGAAACUAUGCACAUUUUCACGGCAGCAUCACACCAUGUGUAUGCAUUUUUCUGCCUGAUUUUGCAAACUGCCAGCACCCAGCGUCAAAGCAGUGCUACUGUUUCUGUGUCAUUUCCCUUUCUUUUUUAGAUUCACAUC